AUGACUAAUGCAUUAAAAGCCAAGAACAAGCUUGGUUUCAUUAAAGUUAGUGUUAAGGAACCUAUUGAUAACACUUCUGAUGAAGCAUAUGCUUGUCUAUGGGAUGAUCUCAAGGAACGUUUUACGGUUGCCAACAUUCCCCAUAUCUUCCAUCUCAAAGCUUCUCUCGUGAGUAUAAAGCAAAAUGGCGCACCUAUUAUAAAUUACUACACAAAGCUUCGAUCCAUCUGGGAUGAAUUGGAAUCUAGCCACGCGUUUGAUUCCUGUGCCACCUGUGAUACUUGUUCCUUCACAAAAUUGGUUGUUGUUGAACUAGAAAAUGAUCGCAUCUAUCAAUUUAUUAUAGGCCUUGAUCAUGCUGUCUAUGGUACCCUUACCACUCAGAUCCUCAAUAGUAAUCCACUUCCUACCAUUAAUCGAGUUUUCGCUAUGGUCAUUCAAGAGAAAACACAUAAAGCUAUGGUUCGUUCUUCUGAGACUCCCUCUAACGCUCUUGGUUGUGCCAUCACCAAUGCACCCUCUGAUCCACCUAAGCCACACAUUAUCUGUACUCACUGUGGAAGUCCCAACCAUGACAUCUCUCGUUAUUACAAACUCUAUGGCUACCCUGAUCGUACCCUUGCUGGACGUGGACGUAGAUAUGGUCACUCUACUCCAAGAUGA